CGAGGCUGGAUCGGGGGGCAACAGCGUGCUGAGCGAGGCCGCCCCGGGCGGCUUCCCGCACUACCAGGGCGAGGUGCCGGUGCAGCGCAUUGUGCGGCUGUGCCCCCACAGCGGCCACCAGCAGGCGUCCCAGGUGCCCGGCGUCGGCCAGCCGCUCCUGGGCGGCUCGCGCACCUCCGAGGGCAGCAGCUAUAGGCCCCCGCUCUCGCCCGGCGACGCGGCGAGGUCCGUGCCCCUGGUCCCCGCGACGGUCGUGACCGCGACCGCAUCGGCCAGCCACUUCCCCCAGGCCUCGUUGCGGCUGCCCGCCUCGCCCGGCGGGGUGGUGAGCACCGUGGUCAUGCAGGCCCCGCAGCGGCUCCACACGCCGGGCAGGUCGCCGCACACGCCGCACACCCCGGGCGUGGCGCCCGUGCUGUCCGCUGGCGCAACGCCGUCACCUUCGCUCGCCCCGCCAGAAGGCCGCAUCCAGAGCCAGUUCCCGUGGUCCGUGCCGCAGCCAGUCGAGCCGGCGGUCCACUACGCGCCGCGGGGGCAGGCGCACUACAGCCCGCCCACCUACACGACCGUGAUCAGCCCCGCGCCGCCACCCAGGAGGGAGUGAGCGCCCGCGCCGGCGCGCGGGGAGAUUUCCCAGAUCGCUUGCCUUUGCCAGCGGAGGAGGAGG